CAAGAAGCAAACAUUACGACAUACUUAUCAACUCGUACAUGCGCAGUGGGUCCAGCUUUUUAGGCCAGUUACUAGCGUUCCAGCCUGAUACUUUUUAUUGGUAUGAACCAAUAUGGUCAUACCAUGGAGUGUUCUAUUUCCUUGGAAAAUAUGUUUGCGUUGGGAACAACACAUGCGGGGACUUUGGAAACGAGAAAAUUGAACUCGUUAAUAACCAGCUGUACAACAUAUACUCGUGCAAUCUUGGCUCGACAAAAGCAGCCUUAACUAACAGUGUUUCCCCGUAUCAUUCAGGUGUGAACUGGAAACCUUACUUGAACUGCCUUGGCAAGAACCAGUCAGUGUCAUUUUGUCUGACAGUAAUGGAAGAUGUCUGCAAACGAUCAAAACACCGGGCAACUAAAAUUGUUCGAUUAACAGUCGAUAACUUGGAAUAUGUUCUAGAGAAUCGACCGAACUUAAAGGCUAUUCAUCUUAUUCGAGAUCCACGUGCAAUCAUUAAUUCAAGAAUCGCCACAAAGUGGUAUAAUUUAAGUGAUUCGGAACAAACAGUUAAAAGUGAGGCACGUGAGCUAUGCAGUAGGAUUAAAUAUGACUUAAUCAAAGGGGAAAAGUUAAAGCAAAAAUAUCCUCAAAGAUUUGCGUUUGUGAUGUAUGAAGAUUUGAAAACUGAUCUUAAUUCUAAAAUAGAAAUGUUACAUUCAUAUUUUGGCAUUGACAAGUCAGUCGUGAAAUCAAAAUUAAAAAAUAUUAAAGAUAUGCUACAGAUGGACCAUAAGGUGAACAGGACACAGGGGGAUUACACAAACUGGUGGAGAUUUCAAUUAAAUCUAAGGACAUUAAACAUUAUUCAUAGCGUUUGUGGCAAUGUAUUGUCAUGUUUGGGAUACAGAAUGUUUUCAGAUGAAUCUGACUUAAAGAAUGUGUCAAAGAAAGCAUUUAUCUUUAAAAAAGAGCUAUUGAUAAGUAACCUGAACGAGAGCCAGUUCUAUGAUUUUAAGACUUCGCAUAACCAAAGGCAUUAUAGAAGGGAAAUAGAUAUUAUUCCAAAGCAAGGUUACAAAAUCACAGAGCACAAAUAUCUUUUAAUUUAGAGUAAAACAAAUAAAACCGUUCGUUUUUAACCCUUAAUGACAUCGUUUUUAUUUCAAUUUGAGAUAUGUUCACCUUUCUUAUUUUCAUUGUAUAUAAUUUAUCUAGGGAUGGUUCUAUCAUCAAAUUUUAAAUGUCUGUAUACAUUUGGACCAUCUAUCUUGAAAUCUAAACAUUUUCACCUACGACGCUGUCAUUUUGUCGGAUACUGUCAAAGGUGCACAAGCAUCAAUGAAUAAUAUACAACGCUAUUGUGAAUCAAAG